AUGCAACUACAUGAUUCAACAUCAUCAUCCAAUCAACAUCCUUACGUCACGCCAUCCAAGCCAUUUCUAUGGAAGAACCUUUCGACCAUUUACUUGCACACGGUAGGGAAGCUGAUAAUGUUUGGUGCAGAUGAGUCGUGCCAGAAGCGGAGAUCUGUGACAAGGAGCCGAAGCCGGCAACAGAUAUCAAGGAGGUCGGAACCCGACAGCUUUCGACGUGACCGGCCCUCUGCGCAUCCUCAUUUUAGGUGGAGGAAGGGAAUGAUUCUGGCGCAGGGCAGGUACGAGGUUCACGGCCGGCUUGGGGAGGGAACCUUUGGCCGCGUUCUUGCUGCGAAGGAUCUUCAAACAGGACAAUCAGUGGCUGUCAAAGUUGGCAAAGGCGGAGAUGAGUUCUGUGAGCAGGCGGUGGAGGAAGUGGAGAUUCUUCAACACAUCCAGCACUUACAUCCUGGCAGGGAAAGCUUUUGUGUGAAGUUCCUGGACAGUUUCCUGGAGCCUCCGAAGCAUUUCUGCCUGGUGUUCGAGCGCUUGGGCAUCAGCCUCCGCGACUUCCUGAAGAGGAACAGCAGCUGUGGGCUUUUUGUGGAGGACCUGCGACGAAUCGCCCAACAGCUGCUCCAGGGCUUGGCGGGCCUGCACACUGCAGGUAUCCUACACACAGAUCUGAAGUGUCGAAAUGUGAUGCUCAACGACGAGCGCUACUGUGCAGCACCGCACCCGCGGGAUCCCGGCACGGAGGCCUUGCGACCACAGGAUUGUAGCAUCAGGAUCGUCGACUUCGGCUCUGCGAUUCACCAGGACGAAACUUUCCGCGGCCGUGCUUGCACGAGACAGUUUAGAAGCCCGGAGGUUGCACUUGGCCUGCAAUGGGAUGAAAAAUUGGACAUUUGGAGUGCAGGCUGCAUUAUUGCCAUGCUCUACACCGGUGUGCGACCUUUCAGCGUGCACGAGAACCAGGAGCACCUGGCGAUGAUGGAGAGGUUGAUGGAUGAUCGGUUUCCAAAGCACAUGCUACGAACAGCCAGGCGAAAUCGGACCGACCAAGACGAGGGGCAGCUUGUCCUUGCAAUGCCCAUGCCGGCAACCUCCAACCAAUCGACUGAGACUCCCAUCUCGUCCCUGGAUGCGAGCAAUCGCACCGAAGAGGAGGAACCGGUCUGUGAGGUACGGCUUGACGAUGAAGAGCUGGUCGUUUCCGAGAAUUACCAAGAAGCAGAGGAUGUGAUCAUCAACGAUCCCGUGGAAGCGGUUGACAUCUUGCGCUCCGAGUUCGACAAGCUCGUGGACAAGAUGCACGGGCAGUUUGAAUCGCUUCGACACGUUGUGCAGGCGGUCCCGCAUGCCGAGCUGAAGCAUCCCCGCUCUCCUAUGGCUGCCGGCCGAAGCCAGCCAAUGGCCGUGGCUAAGGAGCCUCAGAUCUUGGUGAACCACCGCAUCCAGCAAAGCAGCAAAGAGCAGGAGGACUCCAUGCGCAUCAACAGCCGCAGAUACGGAGCAUCCGUGGGCGGGAGGGAAGGAGCCAACGAUAUCCGACUCCAUGGCAGGUGGAUGGAGCUGUCCACGCAGUUCAGUUCGGCGCAGGCGGCAGGCACUGGCAGUGCCGUCGACAGCGCAAGAUCUGCGAGGAGUACGUUCGCACUCACCAAGAUCAAGCGAUCUGGUACUGCCGAACUGCUGGAUGCUCGCUUAGCUUGGCUGCAGAUGUGGGACCCAUCAGGCAAGUUCAAGCUCGCCUGGGACGGGAUUUCCAUCCUGAUGGUCCUGCUGGAUGCUUUCACGAUGCCUGUCUCGUUGGCCUGGGGAUUGGAUCCUGGAAUGGGCUACGACCCUGACGACAGUUUUUUCCUACUGGUUACAUUCGCCAUCAGCUUUGCCUUCUGGGCGCUUGACAUAGCCGUCAACCUCAACACCGCCAUCUAUCAAAAUGGGAGCCUCACGAAAGUGAGGUCUGUGGUCGUGCUCGCGUACCUAAAAGGCUGGUUUAUAUUCGACCUGGCGCUGAUAGUCUUGGACGUCCUGACGGCAGCUACUCUCGGGUCGGCAAACAAUGGUACUGCGAACACGACCUUCCGAACUGUCCGCCUUGCGCGAGCACUGCGGCUGUUGCGAUUGGUCAAGAUGUCCAAGUUCAACCAAGUGCUGCAGGAAGUGGCUGCUUCAACUGGUCGGCAGUGGAUGAUUCUUGUGAUGGCCAUCACCAACAUGUCCACCCUGAUCUUGGUCGUCGCACAUAUCCUCACUUGCGUCUGGUUCGGAGUGGGCAUGUGGACGCAGGAGCGCUAUGAGGAUAGCCUGCGUCAGUCUGCCAUUCCUCUUCUUUCGCGGAGCUGGGUAGCGGAGGCCGAUGCCCUCAACGUGCCAGGAUGGGUUCAGUAUCUACACUCGUUCCGCUUCAUCCUGAACAAUCCCUCGCCGGCUCCGCUUGCCCCGGGUAGCGACGUGGAGCGUUUGGUGGACAUCUUCAUGUACAUCUUCUGCCUCGUCAUCAUUGGUACAUCGAUUUCCACCAUCUCCAGCACGCUGGCUGAGCUGCGGGCCAUGAACGAGGAGCAUGCCCGGCAACGCAGAGAAAUCCGAAUCUACCUGACGAACCAGAACGCUCAGUUCGACCUUGUCUCCCGAAUUAUGAAGUUCGUGGAUUACAAACUGGAGAAGAUGUCUCCAACCAACUUCGACAGCUCUUUAAUCUCAAGCACGCUGCAGACAGAGCUGUACGUUGGUCAGAGGAGCGGCUUCCUUUCACCGUUGCCGAUAUUUCUUUUGACCGAAGAGGCGUACCACGACGUCUUCGCAGCUGCUUGUGCCGUACUCAAGAAGGACAUUUAUGAGACUGGCGAAGCCGUUUUCAGUGCUGGCGGCUUCUCCACUGCUCUUCACAUCACCACAACAGGAGCCUACAAGUUCUUCGAUUUUAACGGAAAAGAGAAGACGAUGGAAGGAGUGCACUGGUUUGAGGAGUUGAGCCUCUAUGCCGAGGUCCUGCU